GAUGCUGCUGAUAUUGCUAAUACUGAAUCGUCGAGUGUUGCAAGAGAAGCUGCAAUACCUAGUGCUCUUUGUGCAAUACAUAAUGAAAUUACCCAUAUUGGUCUAUUUAUAAUGCUCUUUGUGCUCAUGUGGAUGACUUUGUUGCUGGCAUAUUCUGUGUCUGUCUGAGCUUGUAUAGAAAACUUAUUUGCUUGUGAAGGUGGUCAUAUUUUUAUUCUUUUAAAUUGAACAAAAUCUUGGAACUCUAGUGUUGAAGAUGCUUUGUGGUGACUAUUCUUUUAAUGGCAGAAUGUACUUUUUCUACGUGAAGUGUGAAAACUUAAGCUUUAUGAACAAUAUGAAUUUUGAAGCCACUGCAUCAGCUGGCACAUGACUGUUACAUCUUACAAAAACCACUCUGAUGUUUCUCAAAAAACUGCCGUACCUUGAUUUAAUAGUUUUCUCUUGUGGUCUGUUACUUGAAUCGAGGUCCAUUUACAAACUUGAGGGUUCAUAGAGUUAAUGUUUAUUUGUUCGGUACCUUUUGUCGAGUCAAUUUGCUUGCGAAGAGAGUCCAACUUUUAUUUUAAAAUUGAAAAAAAUCUUGGAACUAUUGUGUUGAAGGUACUUUAUGGUGACUAUUCUUUGAAAGACAAAUUUCUUUAUUCUACGGCACUGUGGAAGUUUAUGGUUUAUGAACAUUGUGAACUUGAAGGCCUCUGCAUGAGCUGGUAUGUGCCUGUUAUAUCUUAAAACCACUCCACUGUUGCAAACUGCUUUAUCGUGAUGUUCUGGUCUUUCUCAGGUGGAUUAUUUUGUUUGAAUCCAGGUCCAUUUCAGAAACUUGUGGUUUUAUAGGGUCACUUUUUGUUUGUUCAGGUACCUUAUACCAUUAUUGCUCCAAUAUGAUUCGACGGCGGAGGAAUCAGAUAAGACAGAUGCACAUGAUGUUGGAACUAGCGUUGAAAUAGCAAAAAACUUGCAUGUUGUAAAAGCAUCUCAUGCCUUGUCAAGGCAUUAGUGGUUUGGUUGACGAGGAGAUCCCGACACCCUACAAUCAGGCUGUAGCUGAUGCCCUUAGAGCUUUACUAACCCCUAAACUUGCAAGCAUGCUGAAAAAUAAAUUAGCAAAAGACCUCCUAUUCACAUUAAACUCAAACUUGGAGUCCCCUGAGAUAAUCUGGAAUUCCUCCACUCGAGCAGAACUUUUGAAAUUUGUGGAAGACCAGCGUGCAAGCCUCAGUUAUCAUGGUUCGUAUGACCUUAAAGAUUCGCAUUCCUUUGUUUAUGAAGCAUUAUCUAAGGAGCUCUAUAUUGGCAACGGGUACUUGAGAGUCUAUAAUGAUCAACCAGAUUUUGAAAUUAGUGAGCCUUAGGACUUCUGUCUUGCCCUUGUUGAUUUUAUAUCACAUCUAGUCCAUAAUGCACCCGCUGCAAGCAUGGAUACUCAUGUUAAUAGUGAUGUUACCACUGAUGGAUCUGCCGAGCAGCAUUCUUCUGAUGAUUCUUCAGCAUCACUUGAUAGGAAAAGCUUGGAGAGGGAGGAUUUGGAAUUAGUUAAAAAUCUUCAAUACAUUCUGCUAUCCCUUCAGGUAGAAGUCUGGUGGUUUUUCGUCUGACACUUUUUUAGUCACCCUUGACACCUUUUUUUCUGUAAUUUCUGUAAGUUCAGCACUUGUUGACAAAGAAUCCGAAUUUAGCUUCAGUGGUCUCCACAAAGGAGAAGCUAUUGCCCCUUUUUGAAUGCUUUUUUCUUCCUGUUUCUUCAUCAAGCAACUCAGCUAUGUGUACUUGUUCUGUCACGGUUGACAACAUAUGCACCUUGUGUGGAAGCAAUGGUCGCAGAUAGCUCUGGUUUGCUUAUUUUAUUACAGUUGCUUCACUCAUCUCCCAGCUGUCGUGAAGGAGCUUUGCAUGUUCUCUAUGCCUUGGCAAGCACGCUGGAGCUAGCUUGGGCAGCUGCAAAGCAUGGACGGGAGGUUUUCAUUCUUGAAGUUCUCUUGCCAAUACAAGAAGAGAUUCCAUUGCAGCAAAGAGUCACAGCAGCUUCGCUAUUAGGGAAGCUUGUUGGCCAGACUAUGCAUGGGCCUAGAGUGGCGAUAACUCUGGCAAGAUUUCUGCCUGAUGGCUUUGUCUCGGUAAUCAGGGAUGGUCCUGGUGAAGCAGUUGUGACUGCUCUUGAACAAACAACAGAAGCUCCUGAACUUGUCUGGACUCCAGCAAUGGCUGCAUCGUUGUCUGCACAAAUAGCAACUAUGGCUUCGGAUCUGUACCGUGAACAGGUGAAAGGACGUGUUGUUGAUUGGGAUGUACCUGAGCAGGCUUCUGGCCAACAGGAGAUGAGAAAUGAACCUCAGGUUGGAGGGAUUUAUGUUAGGUUAUUCCUGAAAGAUCCCAAAUUUCCACUUAGAAAUUCCAAGAGAUUUCUUGAAGGGCUGCUGGAUCAGUACCUUACAUCCGUUGCCGCCUCACAAUAUGAUGGCCAAGCUGUUGACACUGAACUUCCUCUACUUCUUUCUGCUGCCCUGGUCUCUUUACUCAGGGUGUACCCCACUCUUGCAGAUCAUGUUGGAUAUCUUGGUUAUGUGCCCAAACUUGUGUCUGCAGUAGCCUAUGGAGCAAGCAGAGAAACAAUGGCUUCAGAAACCUAUGUAUCUGAGGAUGGUUUGUCGCAACAAAUUUCACAAACUCCUCAGGAGCGAGUUCGCCUUAGUUGUUUACGAGUUCUACAUCAGUUUGCAGGUAACACCACCUGUGCAGAAGCUAUGGCAGCCAUUAGUGUUGGGACACCCCAGGUAGUUCCACUUCUUAUGAAAGCGAUUGGUUGGCAAGGUGGAAGCAUCCUAGCUCUUGAAACCUUAAAGCGUGUUGUAGUUGCAGGGAAUCGAGCAAGAGAUGCACUUGUUGCACAGGGUCUCAAGGUCGGUCUUGUGGAAGUUCUUCUUGGCCUUCUUGAUUGGCGAGCUGGGGAAGAAAUGGGCUUUGUUCACAGAUGAACAGGAAUGAGUCAGAAGCAGCAACUGGCCGGGUUCUUGCAAUUGAGGUUUUGCAUGCAUUUGCAACAGAAGGGGCCUAUUGUACCAAAGUACGUGACAUACUGAGUGCCUCUGAUGUAGGAGAUGUGGCAUUGUCUAUAUUGCACAGUAUGGUAGCGAUGAUGCUGGAGAGAUUGUUACACCAACC